CGCGGCCGAUGGAGCUAGGUGCCACCCAAGCUUCAAUCCCCAAUCUCCAAUUGAGGACACCUUUUUGAACUUCAAAGCCGGACUGACGACGCAUUUCACCGCGCCAUCGUAUUUUUUUCAUUCACGUCAAUUGUGCGCAAGCACAACGUUCCUGUUUAUACUUGACUCUAUUUCUUUACGAGGUAACCUGUAAAUUACCGUCAAUAUGCGCUGGUUGCCUCUUCUCAUUUCGUUCGCCCUUCCCUUUGGGUCCUUCGCUGCCAAGAAAUCGUCAUCAGUUGAUCGAUUUGGUGAAUUGCAUGCGCAAGCUCUAUCAUCGUCUCCCUUGAAGCUAACCGACUCGACCUACAAGAAGCUUACUUCAGUUCCUCGCGACUACUCGGCGGCUAUCCUAUUAACCGCAUUGGAACCGCGCUUUGGUUGUCAACUCUGCACUGACUUCCAGCCGGAGUGGGAUGUGCUAGCCAAGAGCUGGACCCGGGGUGACAAGAACGGCGAGUCUCGUUUGGUCUUCGGGACGCUUGACUUUGCUCAAGGAAGAGAUACCUUCAUUGCGCUUGGUCUUCAGUCUGCUCCAGUACUGCUCCUCUUCCAGCCUACAACUGGUCCACAUGCCGCCACCACUCUCGAGGCUAUUCGUUAUGACUUCAACGGGCCCCAAACUGCUGAGAAGGUUCACGAAUGGAUUUCUCGUCACUUACCCGACCGGCCUCACCCGCCUGUGAGCCGCCCAGUUGACUACAUCGGAUGGGUGGUGACAAUCGUCGGCGCUUUGGGCGUAUCUGGAGUUAUCUUCAAGUCGUGGUCAUUCAUUCUACCCGUCAUCCAGAACCGCAACGUCUGGGCGGGCUUGAGCUUGAUCGGCAUUCUCAUGUUCACGAGUGGCCACAUGUUCAACCAGAUCCGAAAAGUACCGUAUGUGGCCGGAGAUGGACGUGGUGGUAUUAGCUACUUCGCCGGUGGAUUCCAGAACCAAUUUGGACUCGAGACGCAAAUCGUUGCCUUCAUGUAUGGUAUCCUAUCUUUCGCCACCAUAUCUCUAGCUGUAAAGGCCCCGAGAACCCGAGACCCUAAGCUGCAACAGAUCGCUGUUAUAGUCUGGGGUGUUAUCAUGUGCGUCAUGUACAGUUUCUUACUUUCUGUCUUCAGAGUCAAGAAUGGCGGCUACCCGUUCAGAUUCCCCCCUUUCAUGUAAACAAUCGCAGAUACUCUGCAGGGGAAGGAGCACGUACCUAGGUAGUUUCGGUGGCUUGACAAAAAGGAGAUCGCCAUGUCGGGUAUUAGCAUGCGGCGCAAAGCAGUCGUCCUCCAUGCAUGCAAACGGUGGGAAUUGUAAAGGUUGCCUAGGUGGUCUUACCCUAGGUCUCUGGGUAGCGGGAUUAGACCAAAAUAGAAAAGAAAAUAUAUGACACGUCUCCUGCAUCUUGAAAUGUGAUGUUGUAUAUCGUCUUAUCUCGCGAACAUUGCAGAGUCUAAGCCAACAGGCUUUGCUUUAUAGAGGUCUAUUCGCAACCCGAGCAAACAGGAGAUGAUUUGUUGAUACUUAGGUACAUACCUACGUACCCAGUCAUCGUUCGAGUCGUCGGUGCCUACCCAUCUAUUGGUACCUGGUAAGGGUCGAGUAGCAUCUAACGGGAUUAGAUGCCAUACAUCGUACCAAGAAAGCGACAUCCCUUUUUGUCUAUUUUGUACUGCCCGAUAUAAAUACAUAUUUAGUGACUUUGUAGUAAUAAUAACAUUUAGUUUCUAUUUCACAUGUUAGUAAAAUCUGCAAAGUUGAAUUUAA